UGUACGGUCACACUUCAUAAUUUUCUUUUGUCGGUCUGCUGCUGGAAUUUCGUGGACGAAUUUAUAUUUAUUUUUAAGAUAUUGAUAUUGGGGUCGGGCCACAAUGGGUUCCCUGUUCCGGAGCGAGGAAAUGGCGCUAUGCCAGCUUUUCCUGCAGAGUGAGGCGGCCUAUGCCUGCGUGUCCGAGUUGGGAGAACUGGGUUUGGUUCAGUUCCGAGAUCUUAAUCCGGAUGUUAACGCCUUCCAAAGGAAGUUCGUCAAUGAGGUACGACGAUGUGAUGAAAUGGAGCGCAAGUUGCGUUACCUGGAGAAGGAGAUCAAGAAGGAUGGGAUUCCCAUGUUGGACACCGGAGAGAGUCCCGAGGCCCCGCAGCCCCGUGAGAUGAUCGAUCUUGAGGCCACCUUCGAGAAACUGGAAAACGAGUUAAGGGAGGUGAAUCAGAACGCCGAGGCCUUGAAACGCAACUUUCUUGAGCUGACUGAGCUGAAGCACAUUCUUCGCAAAACUCAAGUCUUCUUUGACGAGCAAGAAGGCGGCGUAAACCAAACAACCGAGUCGAUGACCCGCGCCUUGAUCACGGACGAGGCGCGGACCGCUGGUGCCUCCAUGGGUCCCGUACAGCUCGGUUACAUGGAAAAAUCAAACGAACGUGAGGAUUAUCUUCCAUGCUUUGUGGCCGGCGUUAUCCUAAGAGAGCGGCUGCCUGCCUUUGAGCGGAUGCUGUGGCGCGCCUGCAGGGGAAAUGUCUUCUUGCGACAGGCGAUGAUCGAAACGCCAUUGGAGGAUCCCACCAAUGGCGACCAGGUGCACAAGUCUGUGUUCAUCAUUUUCUUCCAGGGCGAUCAGCUGAAGACGCGCGUUAAGAAGAUCUGCGAGGGGUUCCGCGCCACGCUUUAUCCUUGCCCCGAGGCUCCGGCUGACCGCCGUGAGAUGGCCAUGGGUGUGAUGACUCGUAUUGAAGAUCUGAACACCGUGCUCGGUCAGACACAGGACCAUCGACAUCGCGUCUUGGUCGCUGCGGCCAAGAACUUGAAGAACUGGUUUGUCAAAGUGCGGAAGAUUAAAGCUAUCUACCAUACGCUAAAUCUCUUCAAUCUGGACGUGACCCAGAAGUGUCUGAUCGCCGAGUGUUGGGUGCCGCUUCUGGACAUUGAAACCAUCCAACUGGCCUUGCGUCGGGGAACUGAAAGAUCGGGAUCGUCGGUGCCACCGAUUCUUAACCGGAUGCAGACGUUCGAGAAUCCUCCUACGUACAAUCGUACAAAUAAGUUCACCAAGGCUUUCCAGGCGUUGAUCGAUGCUUAUGGGGUGGCCAGCUAUCGGGAAAUGAAUCCAGCUCCCUACACGAUCAUCACCUUCCCGUUUCUGUUUGCCGUGAUGUUUGGAGAUUUGGGCCAUGGAGCCAUAAUGGCGCUAUUUGGUCUUUGGAUGAUUCGUAAAGAGAAAGGACUGGCGGCUCAAAAGACAGACAAUGAGAUCUGGAACAUAUUCUUCGGAGGACGAUAUAUCAUCUUUCUCAUGGGUGUAUUCUCCAUGUACACUGGUCUUAUAUACAAUGAUAUAUUCUCCAAAUCGCUGAAUAUCUUUGGAUCCCAUUGGCAUAUGUCCUACAACAAAUCUACUGUUAUGGACAACAAGUUCCUACAGUUGAGCCCAAAAGACGACUACGAGGGGGCUCCGUAUCCGUUCGGCAUGGAUCCUAUUUGGCAGGUAGCGGGAGCCAAUAAAAUUAUUUUCCAUAACGCCUACAAAAUGAAGAUAUCUAUUAUUUUCGGCGUUAUACACAUGAUCUUCGGAGUGGUGAUGAGCUGGCACAACCAUACGUAUUUCCGCAACAGGAUUUCCCUGUUGUACGAGUUCAUUCCACAACUGGUCUUCCUCCUUCUGCUCUUCUUCUACAUGGUUCUGCUGAUGUUCAUUAAAUGGAUCAAGUUCGCGGCCACUAAUGAAAGGCCUUAUUCCGAAGCCUGUGCACCAUCGAUCCUAAUCACUUUUAUCGACAUGGUUCUGUUUAACAAUCCCAAACCACCGCCAGAAAAAUGUGAAACGUAUAUGUUUAUGGGUCAGCACUUUAUUCAGGUACUCUUCGUCCUGGUCGCAGUCGGCUGUAUUCCAGUGAUGCUGCUGGCCAAGCCGCUGCUUAUUAUGCAGGCUCGCAAGCAAGCAAACGAAGAGGUUCAACCGAUUGCCGGAGCCACUUCUGAUGCGGAAACUGGCGGCGUUUCAAAUGGUGGAUCCCAUGGUGGUGGCGGAGGUCAUGAGGAGGAAGAGGAGCUAUCCGAGAUUUUUAUUCACCAAAGCAUCCACACUAUUGAGUAUGUGCUGGGUUCCGUUUCCCACACUGCUUCCUAUCUCCGAUUGUGGGCGCUAUCCCUGGCUCAUGCCCAGCUGGCUGAGGUGCUGUGGACCAUGGUCCUGUCGAUUGGUCUAAAGCAGGAAGGCCCUGUUGGCGGCAUCGUCUUGACCUGCGUGUUCGCCUUCUGGGCUAUUCUCACUGUUGGCAUUUUGGUGCUAAUGGAGGGCUUGUCCGCCUUCCUGCACACUCUACGUCUUCACUGGGUCGAGUUCCAGAGCAAGUUCUAUAAGGGUCAGGGAUAUGCUUUCCAGCCCUUCUCUUUCGAUGCUAUCAUAGAAAAUGGAGCAGCCGCAGCCGAGGAGUAAACAAAGCGGAACCGGACAGAGCAACAACCAAAGCACGUUGAGAGUCUCAUUGCGUUAUAUAAAAUUAACUUUUCUAAUAAGUGGAAUUUACCAGUUACAGUAACAAAAAAAAAUAUGUACGCAUUAUCGUUUAAUUGUGAAUUUAUCUAUCUCAUAUAGCCCCAGCAAGUGUUAGAUUGCAUAAAAUAUUUAAUAUUCUUCGUA